CAUAUGAACACUGAUAGAAGCCCGCAUCAGCCCCAGUUCGCCGUCACCUGUCCGCGUACACUUCUUUAUCUUUACUUCGUAUCUGCAUAAGUUAACCACUUCGAUUCGCAGAGUUUCUACACCGUGGACACGAUGCUGUUCUACGGGAGUUGCAGCUUGCUGUUGGUACUGGUGACUUUUCACGACGCCGCUCGUUCGGAAAUGGUGUUCCGUUGUCCGAGCUGCACUGCGGAGCGCCAGGCGGGUUGCCCGAUUCUCACGGAGACGUGUGCUGAGAUUGUUCGCGAGCCGGGCUGCGGCUGCUGUCCAGUGUGUGCCCGGCAAGAGGGCGAGCUGUGCGGCGUUUACUCACCGAGAUGCUCCAGUGGUCUGCGGUGUUAUCCCAAGCCGGAUUCGGAGUUGCCCCUGGAACAGCUGGUUCAAGGUUUCGGGAGAUGUGGACGUAAAGUGGACACUGAGCCCACAGGAAGCACAGAGCCUCGGGAAGUCAGCGGUGAGGUGCAGGACUCUUUGGACAUUGGUCUGACUGAGGUUCCUCCCAUAAGGAAGCCCACCAAAGACAGUACCUGGAAGGAGAGUGCUGUCCUUCAACACCGUCAGCAGCUGAAGACCAAGAUGAAGUACAAUAAAGUUGAGGAUCCUAAAGUGCCGUAUGCCAAACAGAGCCAGUGUCAGCAGGAGCUUGAUGAGGUGCUGGAAAGGAUUGUAAAAAUACCCUUCAGAGAUAACAGGGGCCCCCUGGAGGACCUUUAUUCCCUGCACAUACCCAACUGUGACAAGAGGGGGCAGUACAACUUGAAACAGUGUAAGAUGUCGGUGAAUGGACAUCGUGGUGAAUGCUGGUGUGUGAAUCCACACACAGGAAGACCCAUCCUCAACUCUCCACUUAUGAGGGGUGAUCCCAACUGCAGCCAGUACCUUGAUGCCCUAGAGAUGGAUCCCUCUGUGGACCCUCAAAACUACUGAUAUUCUGAACCUUCCCAUCCCUCCCCAUCCUGACCUUCAAGCCUACAAUCACCCAUGCCCCUAAAUAAGGCAGUACACUCUCUAAACAAGCUACCUAUACAACUUUUGUGUUUAUACAUAUUUGUGCUUCUGGGUUUGAGAUUAAAACAGUAUUGUUACAGUUAAAGUACUGAUAACUAAGCUUAUAGUACUCAUUAAAUCCAAGCUAAUUGAUGACAUAUGACCUGAGGACUGAGAUUAGCAGGCUCGUACUACUACUUUUCUGUAGGAAAAUGUCUAGAAUUGUGAACUUAGCUUUAAUACUUUAACAUACUUCGUAUAUAUCUAGUUCUAAUCGUGAUAUAUAAGUUGUAUUCCUCUCAUGAUGUUACUGGUGCUAUUUGUUUCAAUACACUUCUUUUAUAGGUUGCCCCCUCUCAUAUUGUGCAGGGAAUUCUAUGGUAAUGGAUUUUAUCAGACAGGACAGUGUUCCUUUUGACAAACACUGUAGCACUACAUUGUAAGUGGGUCAGCUAGUGCCUUACCUUAAAUGAUUUACAUAAAUUAUAUUGGGCUGCUUAUGAGGUCUUAAAAUAUUUUAGUUUAAAAGACAUUAAAAAAAAGAUUUAUGCUAACCAAAGUUGUUUAUUUAGGACUACACAGUACUAAUGCGGUUGAUGUUUUGUUCCAAUUGCAUUUAACUACUGACAUCUGGUGGUCACACAAAGGAAGAGAAAACAAUUCUGCAUAAAACCAUUCACUAACUACUUUUACUUAACACUGUGAUUUACUCUCUGUUAGGUGUCAGUGUCACUUGGUAUUUUGGACAUGAUUUUUUAAGUGUACACGAAUAAAGAAGUAUUUCCAGG